AUGUCAUAUAUACCUGUAAAUAGAAGGCGUCCUACCUUCACCAUCGGGGAGGAUUAUGAUACUUCAUCCUCCUCAUCGUCUCAUAGCUCAAUUAGAAGUUCGCCAAGAAGCGACCCGCUUCCCAGUGAGGUGGAAGUCACUGUUGUCAAUCAAGAACUCGAAUCUAUGAUGUCAGAUUAUGAGGAAAAUCCAAUUGUAGAUGAAGACAUGGAUCUCCCACUCAUGGAUCAUCGAGGAAGAACAGUAAUCGAUCAAGUGCCUCGACGAUUCUUCUUCACCUUCUCUUUCGAAGGAAGAGCUGUGUCUGGUGGUCAACAAGUGAAUCAGAUGCCCACAAGUCUGGUCGAUAAGAAAAUGGAAUUGCCGGAAAGUAUCCAUAUUCUUAGACAAUCAAUUCGAGAAUUUUUCGGUAUUGGAUGGUAUCAAAAUGAUUCUUCAUGUCAUUGUCACUCUAUACCUAAAAUGAUCAAGCUCAGCCAAUUACCUACGGAGAUCAUAGACAACAUGUUAUCGUGUAUAGCAAAUGAGAAUGACCGUAUGAGUCUUGCUCGAACCUGCUCGGUAGCCUUACAAGCAUACUGCAAACGAAGGUGUAGAAACCAUGGCUUCGGUCGACCCUUACCACAAAGAGCCAAUAAGACCUGGCUUCAAGUUUGGAAUGAGGUAAUCUGGCAUUGGAAGACAUGUCGAACACCUUACUGUACCAAUAUCGGUCGAUCGCUAUCAUCUGAUCAGCCCAUACCAGAUCGCGAGGAUUACGAUAUCUGCCCUUCUAGCACAAGAUGUCAAGAAGGUUGUAGACCGGGUAGAUGGCCUAGUCAAAGAAACCCUUGUCUAUUUAGGAGUUCGAGGAAUGAGUGUAACUUGGAAGAAGACUUUGGCCGCAUUAGAGAUCUUCUCAGACUGGUCAUCCGAUCCGACGACCUUCGGGAUCAUCCCUGUUUGGCUUGGUCCUUUCUGGACUGUCCACCGUCCAAAUGUUAUAUUGUAGAUGUAGAUAUCGCCGCUGCUGAGUGGAAACAAGUGGUAUCUGGUUGUCAUGUCGUUUACAACCCUUCGGGAGUCACUCUACUAGACAUGAUGCAUUCGAUUAGCUUAAAGAUGAAUCAGGACAUCUGCGACGCGAAUGACAAUUUGAGAUUUUACAAUGAGAUGAUUGAUGAGCAUCGACAAAAAGAGCUUGAUCAACCUAACCUAUCUCAUCAGCUAAUACCUUCUUUCGAAACAAACGCCCAGAUGAUCUCGUCCCUCCCAUCCCCACAAUACUGCCACAUCGGCGCCAAUCAGCUUUUCCUGCACGAUCCUUGGCGAGGUCACAGACUACAUCAAUAUGCUCUCAAUUGGGAACAGAAAGUGGCAGAUUCACUUGCUCAUGAUAACACAGAUUUUACUAUCCAGGGAAUUACCAAGAAACCUAAGCUGGGCGUGAGAAGGACGGGUGAGAAGAUUCUUGAUCUAGUUUAUGAUGGCCAGGUCUUGCCAGUCCUGCCUUCAAGACUAGCAUUCCCGUCUUUGAAGACCUCACCUAGUACUCCAGUAGUUGACACGCCCUUCGAGACACCUUUCCUCAAGACCCCUCUCCAGCUCGCAUCGAUUGAGGACGUUUCGGAUCGAGCUCCUUUGACUGCAAAGCGCAAAAUACAGGCUUAUGAAGGUAUUCGUCUAGGAUUUGAAGAGGACUGCGACUUUCCAGGAAAGGAAAGUGCUGGAAUAGCUUCUCGGGUGCCGUACCGAAGAUUAGGAUAUCUACCUUUGACGAGUACAAUAGAAUCGGGAAUGUUUGGGGGUAAGGACAUUGACAUGAGUAUCAGUCGAGGAAUGGACGAGGAGAAUCUGUUGGGCCUCUCGAGCUUCCACGAAGACUCUAAAAGUGCGGUCAAAGUAGACGAGAUUUGA